AUGUCGAACCAAGCAGCAUGGAUCACCGAGCCGAAGGGCAACCCCCUCCAGGUCAAAGAAGCUCACAUGCCUACAGCCGCCAAAGGCCAAGUCGUCAUCAAGAACAAGGCUAUUGCUGUGAACCCCGUCGACUGGAAGAUCCAAGAUUACGGCAUCUUCCUGCAGAAGUACCCCAACGUUCUUGGUACCGAUGUUGCGGGAGAAGUACACGAAGUUGGCGAGGGUGUCACCCACGUCAAGAAAGGCGACCGCGUUCUUGGGUGUGUUUCCAAGAGUCUGAACUCACCAUUGGAAUCACGUGCUGACUUCACCAGACAUGCCUUCUCUCUUGUCACAAAUGACCCGGCCGAGGGUGGCUUCCAGCUAUACACAAAGUGCAACGCACUUGUUGUCCAGAAGAUUCCAGCCAGUCUAGACUUCAAGUCAGCCACCGUUCUACCGCUAGCAAUCUCUACUGCGGCAGCUUGUCUCUUCAAGAAGGAGACCCUUUCGUUGUCGAUGCCUACCAGCGCAUCGAAACCAUCUGCAUCCGGCAAGUCCGUUCUCAUCUGGGGUGGCUCGAGCAGUGUUGGUGCGACAGCAAUCCAGCUCGCCGCUGCUGCAGGCCACAAAGUCGUCAGUGUAGCCAGCAAGCACAACCUAGACAAGAUCAAGGAUCUUGGAGCACAGGUCGCCGUUGACUACAACUCCUCUAGCGCGACUGAGGACAUCAUCGCCGCCCUUGAGGGUACCGAGUUCGCUGGCGUCUGUGACUGCAUUGGAAGCUCAGAUGCGGCCAAAGCUUGGGCACCCAUCUACAAGAAACUCGGCGGACGUUACGGAUCCGUCAUGCCUGGAGCUGAAGGAUUGCCAGAAGACAUCCAGGGCGCGUCAGUAUUCGCGCCUAGCGUUGCUCUCGACGACAAGUAUGUUGGCGACGCGGUAUGGGGAAAGUUUGUUCCUGAGGCAUUGGAAGCUGGCGCUCUGAAAGCGCUACCCCCUCCAGUUGUCGUUGGAAGUGGACUGGAGUCUGUGCAGAAGGCGUGCGACGCGCAGAGGAAGGGCGUCAGCUUCGGCAAGAUUGUUGUCGAGUUGUAG